CCUCAAUCCAAAAGUGAGGUUUUAAUGCAGGAUUCAAAGAAGCACCAUGCAGCCACAUCUCUAAGAACUCUGAAGCAGUUUUGUAAAUUGCAAAACGUGACAGAGAUGUCAACUAUAAAUGAAGAUCAGAUGACACUAAGGCCAGAGAGUAACCCCACCAGAACAUUCGAGGGGCAUGAAUCACAAUUGCAGCGUGCUACCCAAAGUCAGCAAUGCCAUGCAGCCUUGGAGGCAACUUCAACAAGUAUGCCUCCAAGUCAUUCUAAGCCUACAAAGACUAAUACUAGCAAUAGUCCUCUUACACCUGGGAGGCCUAAACCAACUCAUGUGCAAACAUGUCAUCCAUCCAUCAAUGAAGGUCCAUUUGAUGGCCGACAACAAGCUAAUGCUGCUACACAAAAGCCAACACUUUGGCCGGUAUCAGUACAUAAAUCGGAUAAGGUAUCCACCUCAUCUAUUUCUACUUCUUUUGAGACUAACAAGCAUGUUCCUUUUGCCUUGCUUAAGAAGUUCGUUUGUCUGAAGAGGGGAGUCAUUUCCAGUCUCGAGGGGCAACCUAUUCAGAUUGAGCAACAAAGGUUGCAAGACCUUAUUGUUAAUGAAGUUCACAAAGCUACAACUAAAGAGGCAGCAAGGUUUGUGUCGUUGCAGCCUGAUACCAAUCCAAACGUCCAACUAAUGCCGCCACAGCAAAAGCAUAUGUGCAAGCCUAGUCCACCUCAGCAGUUUGCAAACUCAUUGCACAAGGCCACCAUGUUGUCCAACAUGUCGUAGGCCAUAUUCAAAAAAUAAUGAUUCUUUCCAAAGUGGCUUUCACAAAAAAUUCCUAGAUUUUCCUUACAGCCACAAGGAUA